AUGAACGAAAAAGAAUGUGUUUCAUUUUAUAAUAUAAAAGACAAAAGAUCGACAGCUGUGAUCGGCCAUAGUCUUAAUAGAGGAGGUCGGGAAGGUACAUAUGUAAUGAUUUAAUUAGGACUAAAAAAUUUUUUGUACAGAUGUAAAAUAGCCCUACCCUAUUUUUUCUUUGCUGAUCCUUUAAUAUUAAUCUGUUUUUAAUUUUUUGAAAAAGGAUGUAUAGAAAGAUUGAAACCUCAUUCGACACUGACCAAGAUAUUUUGUGCAGCUAUUGCCAGUCUUGGUUUUAUUUGGAUGUCUAUUAAUAAUAAAGUAACAUGUUGCAUUGAAGAAUCCGAUGAUGACGAGAAUACUGAUAGUGAUACAACUAAAGGGAGAAGGAACCAAGCACAUGCAGUAAGAAAUAAGAUUAUAAAGUUUUCCAAGAAAUCUACGUCUGAAAAUGUCCUCGAGUCACUGCAAACUUGCCAUUGGCAAGACAACCUCCAAGUCUUACAGGAAAAAAUGAUUUUGUUAAAUAAUCCAAGGAGAAAAGAAAUAAUUUGUGGACUUCAAGCUGUUUUGCAAGAGAUGCUCAUAGAAGAACCCUUUGAUGGACCAAAUCCGCGAAUAGUUGGCUUCAUCCCAUUUGAUGAGGGUUUUGAAAUGUACAUGGGAUUUCAGUCAGUUCAAAAUUUAUCAGAACAAGCACGCUACGAUUUUCAGUGCGCGGUUCUUCACCCUAAGACAGGUUUAUGCGCAAACAUUGUGAAAUUUCCCAGCUCUGGAAAAAAAGUAAUCGUUUUACGCUCAGACAAAAGUCUUGAUUUUUCAAGAUUCUUUGACUUCCUUGCUCUAAACAUGACAACUAGCAGCAAAGAAGAAUUUUCAAAAGCGGAGGUUGACUUGAUACAAGAAAGUAUGUCAACAGAAUGGGACAGAAAUAUGAUAAAAUACAUACUCAGCCGAACUAGAACAGGGAGUGCUAUGGAGUCUUUAGGUGUUCGAAGGGAAUCCACACAGAAAUUGAAAACUCAUGUUCCGAUGGUUUUGGAUGCUGUAAGAAAUUCAAAAGUUGUUGGUGAAGAUAUUGUGCGCAGUAAAAUUAACGAAAAAAUGGAAUACAUCAGGUCUCAGAUCGAGAAAAAUGAAGAACUUAUCAGGAAAAGAUGUGAAACCUGGUCAAAAGUAAGACUGGAUGAAUUGCAAGAUAAGAUUGAAGCUGACCAAGAUCGCUUGACGGAAUUAGAGAAUAUUCAGACUGGAAGCAGCAAGACACAUAAACAACGCUUGCAGCAGAUGAGUAAACGUCAAGCACGACAGCUUCUUGCCGUGAAUCGAGUUGGUAAAAGAAAACUUGGGGAUCAAGGAAGGAAGUCCUUGAUUGAUAGCGACACAGAAGAGAAAAUUGCAAAAGCAAUUGAAGACAAAGCGACGUAUCAUGGACGGCGUCAUAACACAACAAUGUAUACAAACCGUCGCGUAAAAGUCGCUGAUUUACCUGGCAUUGCAAACCACUUUUUGGCUUUAGCGGGAAAGCCUUUAAUCACUUCAAAAACUACUGUUUGGAAUCGGUCUGAACCUCGGCGAAAAAACUCUAUUCAAGCAAAGCUCCAUCUGGGAAAAGGAUUAUUCUGUACGAAAAAGCCGCCUAAAACCGAACAUUGCGAAAAUGAGUCCACCCAUCACCAGAGGGCUCACGUUAAUAACGUUAAAAUGUUAUUCUUGUCUCGCAGAAAUGAAAGCAACCGAAAGUACUGCUUUUGUCGGUCAGUAGACGACAAAGCAUACAUAAGACCUGGAACAGGCGAAGGAAUGAACCACGCUAGAAACCAGAGAAUUUUACAACCUACUGCAGAGGAGAGGUCUCGAAAACUUCCUAUUCAUGAUUGGCCAGAGAGGAAAAUGUACAUAACUCCGUCAGCCCAUCGCAUCUUUUCUAAAAUAGGAGAAACAAUUGACGGUACUGAGAAACUAAUCACUGACGAUGACUACCACUUUGUGUUUGUCCGUCCGAAAUUUUUUAUUGGCUCUAGUGGCACCGUGUGGGCAAGUGAAACAAUGAAUCUUAGAUUCAUGUAUCCAAGUAUUUUUGAAAUACCCGAUAACAAACACGACUAUUCAUCUGCGUUUCGAUCCAUAUGCGCACAUCUACACGACGCAAUAUUCUUGUAUGAUGACAUGUGCGAACCUAGGGACAUUUGUCGUUCGAGGCCUGGAAUUCCAGAUAAUCCACACACGUCUUACGAAAGGCAAAGACUAGAAAGAUUAUCUGCACGAAUUGACAAAGCUUUAAAGGUAAACAACAAUGAAUGCCUAGAGGACGGUGAGAAAGUCAUUUUAGCUUCAAGAAUUGAACCAUUAGCAAACAAAAUCUCUGUGAGUUUGCAAGAUGCAAAAAACUUCCUUGCAGAUCCGAACCACGAUCAAUCUUGUACCAUUGCAAGCAAAAUACAGAACCUGCAGCAGAGAUGUAAGUCGCUACUUGAAGGUUUGAAAGAGCUAGAUCUUCCUGCAGUUAGACCACGUUGGUGUGACCUGACUGAUGCAGGACCAGGAGUUGCAAUUUCAAACUUUGAGGUCAAAUUCCGAGAUGCUGAAUUGUCAAGAAUUUGGAAUUCUGACUACCGCAUCAGACUACAUCGAGCUCGCGAAGACAGCGGUCAGGGGGAAGCAGAACGAACUAAUUCUGCGGUUGGAGAUGCGGUUAUUGAUGGCGGUUCAAUAAAAUGGGAGUAUUAUGACCGAUUUUAUGACAAAUCAGAUGAGGAUAUCGAGAAGAUGACUCUAGCUGAGUAUGAAACACAUGAAGACGAAAGGACGGAGAGAAACGCCUGGCGGGUUGCCCACGAUAUAGCUUUGCGGAUUGACGAUGCUCCUGUUCUUUCGGAAUAUAUAAGAGGCUUUGUAACAGAGAAGGACGAGGAGACAUUCUUUUUCAACAAAAACCAACUUCAAGAUUAUAUAAAGGCAUCCGAAAGUUCAAAAGAGAAUAUACCCGGUUCUAACUAUAUUGCCAAAAUUUGUAACUAUAUAAAAGAUCACUAUGAUGUCGGUGAGCUUUAUAUGGAGUUUGUCAAGGAUGCCUGUAAAGUUAAGGCUGAGAAGCAAUGCGCUGCAUGUGCAAGUGGUUGGACUGGCUCUCAAAUUGAUAGAAUACCACGCCCAUUCCCCGAUGAAACUACAUUUAGGUACAAAACUGUUUUUGAAUCUCCUGCUACAUCUUCAGACGGGAAGCUGCGUCCUAUUGAUGAUUAUAUGCCCAGAGCACAAAUAAAAAAAUUCUUUAGUGCAGGAAAAUUGAAUACAGCGCAAGAAGUUGCUGAUUUUUCAUCCAAAUUUGUGGUAUCUGAGGAACUUGUAAAAAAAUAUGUGGACCAUCUAAAGCACAUCAACUUUACCAAAGAGUUGCGAACUAAAGCAAAAGCAGAUAACCGACGGAACCGUGAAGCAAAAUGCUACAAGGACUACAACUGGGAUGAACUUCUGCUAACUGGAGGGCUGAAGUUUCUCUAUGUUUUUGAACUUGAUACGUACUUAAAACACCACUCUCUUCCCUGGAAGAAAAAGUUGAAAACUGAGAAAAUUCGCACAAUUACUAACCACCUCCAACAAACAAGAGGACAAGUAUUGCAGACAAUGACAGUGGAAGGCCAGCGUCUUUUACAACCUGGCCAAAACGUAUCCGAUGAUGAAGAAGAAACUGAUGGAGAUGACAUCGAUAUUGUAGGAGAAACGUGGAGUAGUGACGAUGAACGAUUGUGUAGCAGUGAUGGUAUGGUUGAUAGCGAAACCGAAGAAAGCGACUACGAACCAGUUCCACCAUCCGCUAAGAGACGAAUGGUCAGCACCAGAAGUGGACGGAAGGCAUCUAGCUUUGUGUUGGGAAAUGAAUAG